AUGCAGCUUUCCUACUUCCAGAUCCUCGCCGUUGCGCUCUUCCACGGCGCCAUCACCGUUCACGCGAUGCCUGCCGGCAACGAAAUCGGCGCGGGGCUCAAUGUCCCCAAAUCUGAGUCGGCCGUGACAAAAAUUCAGCCCCUCGCAUCCAGUGAGACACGUAAACCGAACCCAGACUUGCACUUGAAGCGAGGACUCCCUGGAGGGCUGCCUGUGAACAUCAUGCAAAACUCGGACGAGGCGCACCCCGCAGUCCCCGUUGACAACUACAAGACGGACAUGGCCCGGCUGAUGGGCGGGCAAGAGUGA